UGUGCGGCCCAACGCGAGUCACCCUUGUCCUCUGUCUUCCAGCUCGGUCUAAAAGUUUCUGUAGCUUCUUCUGACCCGCGCUCUCGUUGAACGGAAGUUCGAAAGACAUCGCCGGAGAUGACGUCGAUGGCCACGAAGCUCGUGAACACCGCCGAGGUCGCCUCAUCGGAGGCGCAAACCCUAGUCGCGGACAUGCGGAAGGCAAUCAACACCAUGAAGUCCCUCGCCGUAGACUUCGAGAGGAACGGCAAGUCCGACAAGGUGAACAAGCUUGAGGAGAUGGUUCAGGAGAUGGUGGCUUCGUACGAGGACUGCGCGGCCAUGGCCCAGGCGAUUAAGGCGGUGCCUGUGGUGUAUCAGCCAUCUGAUCAGCCAACGGAUUUCAAAACAUUGAUCGAGGUGGAGGUUAGCAAGAUUAAAGGAGCGUCAUCAGCAUCACAACAGAACCACCCACUCCUACGGCAGUUCAGGGAGUCUGUCUGGAAUGUUCACCAUGCUGGUCAGCCUAUGCCUGGUGAGGAACAGGAGGACAUUGUCAUGACUAGCACUCAGAUGAGCAUCUUAAAUGUCACAUGCCCAUUAACUGGAAAGCCUGUGAUUGAACUGAUAGAUCCAGUUCGCUGUGUGGAUUGCAAGCACAUAUAUGAAAAGGACCCAGUAAUGCAAUAUAUAAGGACCAAAAAACCACCACAGUGCCCUAUUGCAGGCUGUCCUAGAGUCCUAGAAAGAGGGAAGGUUAUCUGCGAUCCCCUCCUCCGUAUUGAAAUUGAAGAGCUGCGUUCAUCAGAGACCGGUGCUCCAAAUGCUACAAAUAUAGACGACUUGACCGAUCUACUUGACGAUGACGAGGAGUGAGGAGAAGGCCUGGUAAAGGUGUGGUGGGCUGGUGGCAGACUUAUUAAUGUUUAGGAGGAUAGGGUUUAGUAUGUUCAGGAAUGAGGAUACACUGUCUUGUGUGAUUCUGUAGGAGAAUGAGUUUUAGUAUGCUCAGGAAUCAGGAUGCACUCUUUUGUCUUGUUGGGUUAUGCAUCUGAUGACUUUGAUAUAUUCCAUGGCAAAUGUGACUUUAGUGUUUGGGUGAAGUAAGCUAACAUUGGACUAUUGGAGUAGUAAUGGAGUCAUGCUGGUUGCUGACAGACUAAUUACGCACUUUAUGUCAAUAUAUUCUCCUCUGUCAAA